UCUCCUCUGUCAACCAAUCAUCACCUCAGAAAAGAUGGCGUCAGGCUUUCUGAUUUCUGCGUUGCUCUGUUUGUCCAUCGGACUGUCGGCUGCAUCUUGUUGUGGAGAAACUAACUCCUGCUGCCCAGGUCCCUGUCCUCCUGGUUGGACUCAGUUCGGCUCUCGCUGUUUCAGUUUCAACUUCCAGGGAAAGAGUUGGAUCGAUGCCGAGAACUUCUGCAAGGCCGCCGGUGGACAUCUGGCUUCAGUCCACUCAGAAGAGGAACAGGUGUUCCUCAAAACCUUCAUUAACCAAGUGAGCGGUGAAUACAAACGGACCUGGAUCGGAGGCUUUGACUCAGUGCAGGAGGGCGUGUGGAUGUGGUCUGACGGAUCCACAUUAGACUUCAAACGCUGGAAUAAGGGGGAGCCUAACAACCACGGUGGAAAGGAGCACUGUCUUGAGAUGGUGCAUGAGGGUAAAAAACAACAACAUAUGAAACAUAUUGUCUUUUAAAUAAACAUGAUGAUCCAAAGAUGAUCUCUAAACCUAUAGCAGGUGGUCAUAUGUUCCAGUCUGAAAGAUAAAAUGUUAAAACUCUUAAAUCUCUCUCUACAGGAAUGAACUGGAACGACCAGUCAUGCGCCGACAAAUUUCCUUUCCUGUGCUCCAAGAGCCUGUGAGCCCCCCCCCCAUCAUGAUCUC